GUUAGAGCCGAACACAAGCAAAGCGAUGGCGGCUGGUUCUAGGCUUCCCCAGUUGAAGCAAUGCCUCAUCAGGCAGAAUGGCCAACAGGAGCAGCACGGGGUGGCGGCCUCCUGCCUCCGGGAGCUGCGAAGCAAAGCCUGUGACCUCCUAGCAAUUGACAAGGCCUCAGAGCCCAUCACGCUGGUAUUGGCUGAGGAUGGCACUAUUGUGGAUGACGAGGACUAUUUUUUGUGUCUGCCGCCAAACACCAAGUUUGUGGCACUGGCAAAGGGCGAGAAGUGGUCCACCAGCAGCAUAGAUGGGGGCACAGCUUGGCUCAAGGGAGACAUCACGGACACUGACAGAGUGGACGGUGGUGGUGGAGAGAAGUGGAGGCAACUGGCCAGACAACUGAAGGACGACCUCUCCACCAUCAUAUUGAUGUCGGAGGAAGACCUCCAGGUGCUCAUCGAUGUGCCAUGCUCUGACCUGGCCCAAGAGCUUUCUGAGAACCAGCCCAAGAUCCAGACUCUGCAAAACACCCUCCAGCAGGUGCUGGACAGGCGGGAAGAGGAACGGCAAUCCCGGCAGCUUCUGGAACUCUACCUGCAAGCGUUGAAAAACGAGGACCACAUUGUACCCAAAACAGAAGAGCCAAGAUCAGAGGAAACUGCCAUGGAAGAAACAGACGUGGUUGACGCUGGGAGCAGCAGCAGCAGAGGUCCUGGUAACGGGGUUCCACUCAGCAGCCAUGUUCUGACCACACUUAAAGAGAAGUCUGCCCCAGAACUUGGCCUGGCAAGUCAAGACUUAGAGCUGGUUUACAAAGCAAACCCAGAAGCUCUUGCUCUGACCCUGAACUGGGACAAGCCGAAGACAGAGGCCUUGCAGCAAACCUGUGGGGAGGAACUUUCAAGGCGUCUGCAGCAGGUUCACGCCCUAAACUCCUUGAGGAGCAUGUCCAAGGGCAAGAAAAAGUUGCCAUGGGGGGAGUGGUUGAGUUCCAAACGCAAGAAAUAAGGAGGCUUUGGGAGCCCAAGUUUGGACACAUCGAUGAGUUUUCUGUACCUCUCCAAACUGAACACCACCAUGUGAGCACAGAAAUUCUAACCAGGACAUUGUUCACUGGACUCUGCACCACUCCAGCAAGGAAAAACUAAAAAAAAGAGUCUCCUUUAUGCUUACAGGUGGUGCUGUUAAGUUGCCACCAUGAUUAAUUUCUGGCUUUGGCACUGGCCCAACGCCCUAGAGUUUAUGGGUCCUGGUUUUUUGUGCCUGAUCACCUUUUGCCUUACACUCCUGCUUUUUGAUGCUUCCUUCCUGCUAGAACAUCACACUCCAUCACAAAUAUAUAUAAAACGUGCAUUUUAGUGGCACGUUUCAUGCUGUAGUUGAAUGCAGCCAAACGUCUUGUAUUCCAAAGCCACGCUUGCAAAGUGGCCCCCAACUGGUAGCACUCCUUCUCUUGCCUCAGUGCUUGUGGUGUUUCUGUGAGACUCUGUUUAUGAGGAUGACAUUAAGAAAACAAUAAUUUUACUUUCUGGAGCAUUCCAGCUAUGAGACUAUAACCUGCAUAAGGUAUCAUCGGAUAGUCACCACUUCUAUUAGCAAUAAAUUCAACUAGUUAGCGGUUUGUUUUUUCUAAAAACAAACAAAACAAACCCUACAUUUUCCUGGUAUUAAACUUUUGUAUUAUUCUAGUUACAGGUAGGUAGCCGUGUUGGUCUGAGUCGAAGCAAAAUAAAAAAUUCCUUCAGUAGCACCUUAAAGACCAACUAAGU